UAAAGAUAGUACUUUAAAAAUUUGGAACUUAAAAACUAAAAAGAUUAAAAUGGAUCUACCAGGCCAUUUGGAUGAGGUAUUUAGCGUUGAUUGGAGUCCUGGUGGCGACAAAGUUGCCAGUGGUGGUAAAGAUUGCCAACUCAAAAU